AUGUUCUAAACCCGCCCUCAUUUGCCAUCUUAUGCCACAUCUCAAUCUGCUUAUAGGACGUAAUGUAAUCAUUUUGUAAUAUAAAUCAGUUCAUAAUAAAGCAGGAAGUGAAACAAGGAAAGCAAUUGAUCACUAUUCCUAUGCUAUUAAUGAAGAAAUAGGAAGAGGAUUUAGUAGUAGAGUCUAUAAAGGAAGAGAUGAGAACACAGCAGAAAAUGUAGCUGUUAAAGUAACAUAAUUACUUAAAGUUGAGGUUAUUGAUAUGAAGAUGGUGAAGCAAUCAAUCCAUUCCCAGCUAUUAAAAAAUGAAAUCAAUGCACUUAAAGCCUUUAACCAUAAAAAUAUUAUGAAACUCUAUGAUGUAUUUUAAACCUAAAAUAAUACUUAUAUCAUAACAGAAUUUUGUGACUCGGUAAUGUCUCAUAUAUAAUUCAGGGUGAUCUAAACAAUUACAUCAGAAAGAAAGGAAGAAUAGAGGAAUCUGAAGCUAUAAGAAUAUUGUAAGCAGUAGUUAGUGCAUUAAAUGAAAUGAAUAAGAAAGGUUAUAUCCAUAGAGAUAUAAAACCAGCUAACAUUUUACUAAAUGACAAUCAACCAAAAUUAGCUGAUUUCGGAUUUGCAGUCCCUGCUUAUGAAGCUAGAAUCUAAGGCAGAAACUUUAAUGUAGGAACUCCUUUAUAUAUGUCUCCUUAAGCUUUGAGAUAGUAAGGACACACUGAAAAAGGAGAUGUUUGGGCAAUUGGUAUUGUAUUUUUUGAAAUGCUAUAUGGUAAUGCUUUAUUGAUAUUGAGAUAGGCAGAACACCUUAUAAUGCAUCAUCUGAAGCAGCUCUAAUUUCCAACAUUUAACAUUAAUAAUUAGUUCUACCUUCUUCCCCUAUGGUCUCUGAUGAAUCAAAGGAUUUCAUUCGUAAAUGUUUGUAGAUAGAUGAAUUUAAGAGAUGGCGAGUUAAGGAUAUGAUAGAGCAUACUAUAAUGCAAUCAAGAAAUUUAAGUCCAAUUGAAAAAAGAAAACCCUUAAAACAAAUUCAAAAUAUCACUUUACCAACUGAAAACUCUUAAGUAAAGAAAAUUAAAAGAAGUCAAAGUUAGAACAUUAAAGAUAAUGCAAUCAGAGAUUUCAAACCUCAAUAGAUAGAGGAUAAGCGUAAAUUACAUGAAGAAAAUCAAAAAAAGCUUGAAGAAUAAAUAUAGCGAUCUUCAAGUUAAAACUAAUUACUUUUACCUUAAAAAAUAGUUAAAACAAAUGCUUUUGAAGAAUAAGUGUAACCUACUCCUCCUUUAUAGAAAUAAAAAUCUAUAACUUUAGAUUUUAAAUAAAAUAACGAGAUUUUAUUCUGUUAAAUCAAUUUCUGUCGUUUCCUUUAUAAAUUUUCUUAACAUUUAGCUAGUUUUAAAGUAUUCCCUACUGAAAUCAGAGAUAAAUUGUUAUUUUUAAUGGGUAAAAAUAUGGCAAUUAAAAUAAAUAAGUUAUCCACCAUCUUAGAUAAAGAGAAUAAAACAGAAAAUAUAUUCAAUUUGAAUGAUUUUGAAAACUAUAGAAAAAGUGAAUCUUAUAAAAGAUUCUGUUAAGCAAUUUCAGAAUAUCAAGAUAAAUAUUUGAGACAUUUUGAAAAAACAUUAAAAUUAGCUAAUAAAAAUAGUAUAUAAUUUUAUUAAUACUUCAUUAGAUUUCCAAAAAGAUGCAAUUAUUGGAAUAUUAUGUAAUAAUCAUCUACUAGAAUCAGAUUCCUUUUACAAGACAGCUUUAUAGUAUUUGAGAUUGAGUAUAACAGAAAUUAAAUAGAAUUUCUAAUUUAUUAAAUUUGAUAAACAAGACUAACUUUUACCAGAAGAUGUAAAUAUAUAAAUAUAUAUAUAUAGUUAUAAAUGCAUGCAUUUAUCUUACAAGGAUUAAUAGGUUAUUAAGAUUUGAUACAAAAGGUGUUAGAUUAUCCCACAGAUUAUAAAUAGUUUUAAAAGGCUUCCCAACCAGAACUUUAUAUAGAAAGAAAACCGGGAUCUAUUAGUUAUAGUUAAUUAGAACAAUUAAUAUGA